AUGACUGUGGAUACGGCAUCAGACCAUAUCGCUAUCAAUGGUGGUCGCGACGUUACUGGAGACAUCCACAUCUCAGGUUCGAAGAAUGCAGGACUAGCGCUCAUGGCGGCGACACUGCUCGCGUCUGGGACAACCACGAUUGAAGGGAUUCCACCUGUAUCAGAUGUCAACAACAUGAGUCGAAUCCUCCAGUGUCUUGGCGCGAAUGUAUCCCAUGUUGACGAAACUCUGAACAUCGACACAACGCGAGCAAAAAGCCAUCCUAUACCCGAAGAGCUAGGUGGCCGUUUACGAGCAUCGAUUCUCAUUCUCGGACCUCUUGUUGCGCGCUUUGGAUACGCCAAGUUAAGCCUUCCGGGUGGCUGCACGAUAGGAAAACGCCCAGUUGAGGAACACAUACGGGGCAUCGAAAAGCUGGGUGCUUCUGUCAAUGUGAAGGAUGGGUAUAUCGAAGCACAUGCUUCAACUCUUCGCGGGGCGUCGGUGCAUUUGCAAACUCCCUCGGUGACGGGGACAAUGAGCGUGUUGAUGGCGGGAUGUUUGGCGCAUGGCGUGACGCGUAUACAAAAUGCUGCGCUUGAACCAGAGGUCGCUGACUUGGUCAAUUUUCUUAUCAGUCUCGGGGCAGAUAUCUCUGGUGUGGGAACUGAUCAGCUCACUGUUGUCGGUCGAGGUGCAAUGCUGUCUCCGGGCCAAUAUAAGGUUAUGGAAGAUAGAAUCGAAGCAGGGACAUUUUUAAUUCUGGGGGCAAUGUGUGGGAAUACCCUGACGGUUCAUCGGUGCAAAGCAGAGUAUCACAUGGUCCUCAUCAAACAACUUCGAGCUGUUGGGGCUCUUGUUGAUAUUUCCGUCAACUCGAUUGUUGUUCGUAAAGCUGAGAGACCAUUUCCUGUUGAUAUUGAAACGGGACCAUAUCCCGCUUUUCCGACGGACUUGCAGCCGCAGUUUAUGGUGCUUCUUUCAUUGGCGAGUGGACAGAGCCAUGUCGUGGAAACUAUUUUCGAGGAAAGAUUUGGUCAUUGUUCAGGGCUUAAGGCAAUGGGUGCCGGUGUCCAGAUAAACGGCCAAACGGCUGUGGUGUCUGGUGUUGAAAAACUGUCUGCUGCAUUAGUAUCUGGCUCUGAUCUGCGAGCUGCUGCUAGUCUGAUUCUUGCGGCUAUUGCUGCUAAUGGCGUCUCUGUUGUUAGCGGGAUGAAAUAUGUUAAAAGAGGAUAUUAUGAUCUAGAAACUAAGUUAGAACAGAUCGGAGUGCAACUGUAUCGAUUGCCAGCAAUUGAAAAACAGCAGGUGCCAACCCAAAAACAACUGUGA